AUGACACAAAGGUCUGUUGUCCGUCUUGCUGCCAGUCUCUUAACUAAGCUAGUGGAUAGCCUUGCCCCCAGUAUUACUAGUAUUUUAGUGCAAGGCAAGCAGGUGACCCUCGGUCUGUUUGGCCAUGAGGAGGUGGUGAUCUCCAACCCCCUGUCUCCAGGAGUCAUCCAGGGCAUCAUUUACAGCAAGUGCUCUCCUCAAGGAGGAGAGAGGGAAGCUGUCCUCCAGCAGGAGCUGGUCAUCCACAUUGGAUGGAUUAUCUCCAACAACCCUGAGCUGUUCAGCGGCAUGCUCAAAAUCAGAGUCGGAUGGAUCGUCCAGGCUAUGAAGCAUGAGCUGAAGAUCCGAGCUGGAGACAUGCCCCCUCAGGACAUCUACCAGCUGUCACCCAGUGACAUCAAGCAGCUUCUGCUGGACGUCCUGCAGCCGCAGCACACCGGCAGGUCUUGGCUGAACAGGCGACAGAUCGAUGGCUCUCUGAACAGAACCCCUCUGGGCUUUUAUGACCGUGUGUGGCAGAUCCUGGAGCGGACUCCCAAUGGGAUUGUGGUUGCUGGGACUCACCUCCCACAGCAACCUACUCUGUCUGACAUGACUAUGUAUGAGAUGAACUUCUCCCUGCUGGUGGAAGGCACACUGAAGAACAUCAUCCUGCCUGAGUACAGACAGAUCAUUGUGGAGUUACUGAUGGUGGUGGCCAUAGUUCUGGAGAGAAACCCAGAGCUGGAUUUCAGUGACCCGGUGGACCUGGAUGGACUGGUGAAGGAAGCCUUUAACGAUUUCCAGAAGGACCGCAGUCGCUUCGAAGGAAUUGAGAAACAGGAUGAUAUGGAGGCUUUCUACAACACCCCACCUAUAGGAAAAAGGGGCACCUCCAGCUACUUGACCAAGGGAGUUAUGGCCCAGCUGCUGCAAGGAGACAUCAAGCCCUGCAAAGAUGACCCGUGCUCUGUUAGCUAAAUCCACCGCACUUAAAAGUCUCUGUCUUCAUCUUCUCAGGCUUCAUUACACAGAUUCCCACUAUAACCCUUAAGUUUGCCCUAAAGUUUUGAAAGAAAUUUCUUUCUUUAUUUUUGUAUUUCUUAGAAACCAGCUUCAAAAGUUCUGUAUGUGAUUAUUGUGCGUUUCGGAGCUGAUAAUAUGUAGGACUCUGCUAAUGAGCGAGGCUCUGAUGGAACGGUUCAAGCUGUGCAGUAAAUCCCAUCUGCACCCGUCAUCAGCUGUGAUGCAUCACGUGAAAGUACAAAACUCAGCGUGAGAACUGGUGCUCCGAGCACUCGGGGGGGGUCUUGAACAUGUGUCACUUAUCACUCAAACCAG